AUGAACAUGCCAAGCCCAAUCGUCAUAUUACGACUUGUUUUCUUUGCCUCCUUGUUCUACUUGAAUUCGCUCGCUCUUGGGAUUGCAGCUUGGAACAUCGCAGCGUUGAAAAGUUAUGGUAUCCAUGCGUACGGGCCACCGAUCUUUGUGAUCAUGAAUGCCCUCAUCUUGUUCUUCUUUUUGGUUGUAACUACUGCAAGUGCAUUCGUUCCGACAAGGUGGGCCCCACGAAUUAUGUUCGAGUGUGGCUGGACGGGUAUCUUGUGCAUCUUACAGCUCAGUUCUGCUCUUGACAUCACUAUUAGCGGGCCGCCAUCCACGUGCCCGUCAGGAGCAUACAAGGCAGCGUGUGCGUCUUCAACCAUAUUGGUGGCUAUUACUUGGAUCUCAAGCUCCUUGUUCACUAUCUACUUCCUCGGACUGUUCAGCCUUGCUGUCACCCACUCGAGCAUCUACCCUGGAAUAUGGGCCACAAGCGUCGCAGCUGUGCCGUGGUUCUCCGAGACCGAGACGACUCCCGUCAAUGAUUCGCGCAGCUCCUUGGAUUCUUUUCGUGACGAAAAGAGAAAGUCUUUCAUCUACGAGAGCCCUGUCUUUAAGGGACUCACAGGCGCUGCACAUGUCCCUCCCCAAGCGGCCCCCUCUCGCAUACUCCGGCCUGCGAAGAGGGUGUCUUCAGUCUACGAUAAUCCUGUCUUUGGUGAAUACACAGGCGCCGCGGACGAAGAGGCCCGUACUGCGUCCUUCUUUUCUUACGUGUUCGUGGGACCCCCGCGUCAGAUAUCGUCGCCCAUUCCCGUCCUUAUCAACAAUUCGGGAAGUGACCGGCCCCCUUGGGCCAGGGCAAUUGAGACGCGACGCGGAUUGGACAAGCCAUUCCCAUCACCGACGAAGGAGAAGCUCGUACCCGGGCCCGAGCGCGAACCUGUCAGGCUCAAAUCCACCUGGAGCGACACCACCACCGCUUCCACUCCUGCGCUUCCGCCCAAGGCUCUCACUGGUCCCGUGCGAGUCGCGGGUAAACCGAAUGGCAGAAGUGGAAGUGGGCAAUACGAAUCUUUGCACCAGGCCAUAGAUCUUCCGGUCAUUGUGCCCUCGCCCAGUCGCGUGGAGUCAUACGGGAUGUUCCCCGAAGACGUGGACGACCCGGAUUUGCCCAUCGAUACUCACAGUGACCGCUCGGAGUGGACCACGGCGGAUCCUUCCUCGCUCUGGUGA